GUGAACCUCAGCGAGGUCGACGUCCAGAAGGACGGCGUGUGCAAAGACGUGAUCUCGAGCCAGUGCUCGACGGUGUCCGCCGGCAACGGCCAGUUGGCACACUGCCUGUUCGAGUUUUUCAAGGCCGCCGAGUCGCGGAACGAGGAGGACGACAUCCCGGCGCAGUGCAAGAAGGAGGUAGGCCUCUUCCUGUUCAGGGCCUUAGAGCACGAGGCCAAGGAGGCCGACCCGAAGCAGCCCGGCCAGCGUGGAGGCCAGAAGUUCUGGGUGGAACCGGUGCCCGGCAUGGCGAAGGCUUGCGGGGAGGACAUCGAGGAGUUCUGCCCAGGACUGAACGGGGCCACGCUCACGCAGUGCCUCAAGGAGAGGAACGCCGAUCUGUCCAGCCCGUGCAAGAGGAAGGUCUUCAAGGUGCAGGAGAUGCAGGCGAGGGACAUGACGCUUGAUCCGGCCACCUACAAGGCCUGCAAGGCGGACCUUGAGGGCAUCGAGGCGUGCGCCCAUGCUGCGCCCCCCGCCCGCAAGUCCUGCCUCAAAUCCCCGAAGCAUCGAGAAUUGCUCUCAGAGGGAUGCAAGGAGGCUCUUUUCAAGAAGGAUGUCGAGGAGUCGGAGGAUGUCCGCCUCAACCGGGAACUGCUCAAGUCGUGCAAGGAGGCAAUAUCGGCAGAGUGCAAGGACGUCCCGUUCGGUGAGGCAAGGGUUGUCCAGUGCUUGUGGGAGAAGGUCGUCGAGACUGACCACGAGACUGGCACCUACGACGUGUGUCAGACGAUGGUGAAGGAGUUGGUUGGCAAGCAGGUGGCAGACUACAGGUUGGACUUCCGUGUCCGCAGCAAAUGCCAGGAUGACAUCGGACAGCAUUGCUCUGCGGAGAAGGAGCACGUGGACAGGCUCCCGAUCAGCCAGCUCUUCGGCUCGGAGGGCCAGGGCGGCCAGGUGAUCCGGUGCCUGAAGGAAAAGAGCGAGAGCCUGCAGCCCGAGUGCCACCGUGAGAUCGUCCGCGUGGCGCGCAUCCAGUCCUCACACGCGAACCUCGAUCCCGAAAUCCAGCGAAAGUGCAAGUCCGAGCUGAGCCACUUCUGCAGCGGCCUGGAGCCGAACGAGAUCCACGUCUGCCUGCGGAGGCACUUCAAAGACCUGGGGGAGGAGUGCCGCGGUACGGAGCUGGUGCAGAGCAAAUUGAUGAAGGGCCGGGACGGUCUCGUCGUGAGCCCGAAGACCGUGCAGCUAUGCAAGCAGGCCGCCGAGGAACUCUGCCCCGGCAUGGCUUGGAGGGAGCAGCUCAGGUGCCUCCAGGAUAGUGCGAAGCUCGAGUCCACUGCCCCUACUUGCAAGGAGGCCCUGACCGAGGAGCUGGAGGCGAACAACCACGACUGGCAGCUGAAGCACGGCAUCUCCAGCCAGUGCCAAGAGGACGUGGAGGCCAGGUGCCGACAGCACAAGCACGAGCCCGGAACGGCGGUGCUCGACUGCCUCGGCAAGCUGUACACUUCUGGCGACAUCUAG